ACUCUCACGCAGUGGGUGAAAGGACCGCGUCCGGCGAGGGUGCGACAUGAGCUCGCCGAUGCGGUGCCGCCUGCCAGCCGCUCAGUUGCGCGUGCGGCGCUGACUCUGACGGCGCGUCCCCGUCCAGUGUGGCCACGAUGCGGCGAGACCUAAUGAGCGUGGCCAUCCUUUCGCGUCACGCUGCGCGCUGCGGCGCCACUUGAAGAGGCGCAUGGAGAACCCAGCCAAGUAUCUGUCGUCGGUGCAGGGGACCGACACCGCGCCGGUGCCUCUCGGGGAGAUCAUGUUGAACGGCACCGAGAGGGACAGCGUGGUUUUGCGCGCCGUGACGGGCUGUUUGCUCUUCCUCCUCAUCCUGUGGACCCUGCUGGGGAACAUCUUGGUGUGCUCCGCCGUGCUGCGCUCCCGCCACCUGCGGACAAAGGUGACCAACAUCUUUAUAGUGUCCCUGGCUCUGUCAGAUCUGUUCGUGGCCGUGCUGGUGAUGCCGUGGAAGGCCGUGGCGGAGGUGGCGGGAUACUGGCCGUUUGGCACUUUCUGUAACAUCUGGGUGGCUUUUGACAUUAUGUGCUCCACCGCCUCCAUCCUUAACCUUUGCAUCAUCAGCGUGGACAGAUACUGGGCCAUCUCCAGUCCUUUUCGCUACGAGAGGAAAAUGACUCAGAGAGUUGCUUUUGUCAUGAUUAGCAUCACGUGGACGUUGUCGGUGCUCAUUUCAUUCAUACCGGUCCAGCUCAACUGGCACAAAGCCGGCGGGACAAGCGACUCCUCUGCGGGUCGCCAGAUGGAAGAGAACUGCGACUCCAGCCUGAGCCGAGAAUACGCCAUCUCCUCAUCUUUGAUUAGUUUCUACAUCCCUGUGGCAAUUAUGAUUGUGACUUACACUCGAAUAUACCGGAUUGCCCAAAUCCAAAUAAGGAGAAUCGCUUCUCUCGAGAGAGCUGCGGAACACGCGCAAAGUUGCAGGACGAACAGAAUAGAGUGCCAACACCACAACACUUUGAAGACGUCCAUCAAGCGGGAAACCAAAGUGUUCAAAACCCUCUCGGUGAUUAUGGGUGUGUUUGUGUGUUGCUGGUUGCCCUUCUUCAUCCUGAACUGCAUGGUUCCCUUCUGCGACAAGCCGCCCACAGACCAGGACGCGGGCCUGCCGUGCGUCAGCGAGACCACCUUCGACGUGUUCGUGUGGUUCGGCUGGACCAAUUCCUCCUUGAACCCCAUCAUUUACGCAUUCAACGCCGAGUUCAGGAAAGCCUUCGCCAGCUUGCUGGGCUGUCGCUACUUCUGCUCCAACACACCCGUAGAAACGGUUAACAUCAGCAACGAGCUGGUGUCCUACAACCAAGACACCGUGAUCCACAAGGAGAUCGCCAACGCCUAUGUCAACAUGAUCCCCAAUGUCGUGGAAUGCGAGGAGACUUUCGACAGGCUCUCGCAGCUGACUGUCAACAAUGACAACGCCACCGACUCUGUGUGUGACUUGGAGGAGUGCGAAGCUGUUAUCAGUCUCGACAGCAUGUCGCCAUUCACACCCAAUGGAUUACAUUAACCCUGAACUCCACAACUGCCGCGCCCCACAGACACCCACCGUGCACCGUUGGAUGUACUGGUGGUCAUGUCGUCGGUCCACUCUCCUCCUCGCAGGUCAGGUCCACACUGUCCAUAGUUUUGAGACUGUUUCUGUCCCUAGAAGUACAGUAUGUCCCCUAGGGCUCUUUAUUUAUUUCAUUCCAGGUACCCUUUCCAAGCCAAUAGGAGAUUUACAAAAGCUGCCGAGGGUACAGGGUGCACUCCAUUCCCAUGACAAGCCAUUUUACCCCGAAAGCUAC